AUGGAGAACUAUUUCCAAGCAGAGGCAUAUAACCUCGAUAAGGUUUUAGAUGAAUUUGAGCAAAACGAAGAUGCCGCUGUUUCACCUCCACUGUUGGGUGCAAAGUGGAAUCAGAUUCUAGAUCCGCCUUCUCGUCGUCUGUCCGUGGCCAACGUGAAUGAAACUACAACUCCUAAUGAAUGUCAACAGAGAUUAAAGUCUUUCUCCUUGUCUCAUUCAGUGACUGCACCAACAGGAGGAGAGGAUCACUGUGCUAAUGGAAAGGAUUUUAGCACAAGCCCAGAGACCCCAGUCAUGUGGAUUGAUGAUCAGGCAGCAGCAGAUGAUCAGUUGAUUAAAAGAAAUCGGGAUGAUCAGUGUAACACUGUGGAAACCGGAGAAAAGAAAUGUGGAAAUACAGCUUGCUUGCCAGAGGAGAAAAAUGUACUAGUGGUGGCAGUCAUGCAUAACUGUGACAGAAGAACACUACAAAGUGGCGAUUUGCUGGAUUGUAAAAAUUACACCAGUCAGUCCCUAAUGGACACUAUUAGCUUUACACUGGAUAAUGAAAACCGACAGAAUGAUCAGUUUAGUGUUACUGUAAAUGGAUCCAUGGAUAAAGAUACAGAUACAGAAAAGCAAGUAAAUCGGCUGUGCACUGAAGAUGACUCUUUAAGUCAUUUGAUUAGUGCUUCAUCUGAAAGCCUGACUGUUGCAUGCCCCUCCUCUCGCUUAAAGGAUGAUUUUAAUAUGAGUAAAGAUUCACUGUUUUCAGAAGCUACGGCUGCAGGGAUUAAUGCAGUGACUCUCUUACAGAGACCAGUUGAUGGUACCGUUAAAAUGCAAGAAAACUGUGUAUCCGUUGAAAAUUUUACUAGUAAAGCCAUUCCUCAGAGAACGGAUCUGGAAGCUGAAAACUCUUCUUCUGGUUCAAGUAAUGGAAACUUAAUCGUAGAACAGGAAACAACCCAAGAGUUACAGUCUAGGCUGUUGGGGCUCACCGAAACUUGUCAGCCUAACGUGGCUGGAAGUGGCAAUUACAAGGAACAUGUUGCAGAACAUUUUCCCCCUGAGGAUGUUAGUGCCACUGAGAGCGAUGUCGUGGAUUGUGAUAAAAAUCUUGGCACAAUGGAAUCGCUCAGCAUGGCAGAGUGUUAUCCUGAAUCUCAGGAGAUGACUGAUAGGGAACCGACUAAGUUGAAUGAGAUGAAUAAUAAGCAAACUCUGGGAGAGAAUGAAAGACUUUUGCAGAAGAAACAGCCUGGUGAGGCACAUAGUAAUAGUAAAGAAGGUGGAGAUGGGAUGAUGGAGGCAGGCAUAGACUUAAAAGGGACUGGUAUAGAUGAGCUUGAAGGGUCCAGUCUCUCUGAUGUGAUGGCUACAUCAGCAGCAAGCUCUCUGUCUAAUGGUUGUGAUUCCUAUGGAAUGCAGAACCCAGUGGUUGCUCAUGUUCCAAAGACACUACCCUCCAAGGAAGACUCGGUAACAGAGGAAAAGGAGAUAGAGGAGAGCAAGUCAGAAUGUUACACUAAUGUUUAUGAACAGAGAGGAAAUGAGACCACAGAAGGGAGCAGUCUUAUUUUAAACAGCACUGGUGACCACAUAAAGAAAAAUUAUUUACAUAAUCUUUGUAGUCAGGUUUCAUCCAUGCAAGGGCAAACUUCACCAAAACCAGUGACUAAUCUGCAAUCUAUCAGUGUUCCUUUUGGUGGUGCAAGACCUAAGCAACCUACAAAUCUCAAACUGCAGAUUCCGAAGCCAUUAUCGGACCACUUACAAAAUGAUCUUGUUCCCCCAAAUUGUGGAGGUAAUAGUAAAAACAAAAACGUCUUUGGUAAGACUCAAUUAGGGGUUACAGCAGACACGUUUCCUGGUGAAACAUCUUUAAAUGCCUCUGUUACUGAUACUAAUGGGGAACAUUUGGAAGAGUAUGAAUCUGGAGUCUCUAGUAGUCCGUGCCUUGCAGUAGCCCCAGAUAGUCCAGAUAAUGAUCUCAGAGCUGGUCAGUUUGGAGCUCCAGCCAGAAAGCCUUUUACGACUUUGGGUGAGGUGGCUCCAGUUUGGGUUCCAGAUUCUCAAGCACCAAACUGUAUGAAAUGUGAGGCCAGAUUUACAUUCACCAAAAGAAGGCAUCAUUGCAGAGCUUGUGGGAAGGUUUUUUGCGCGGCAUGCUGCAGCCUGAAGUGCAAGUUGCUGUACAUGGAUCGGAAGGAAGCUAGAGUGUGUGUCAUCUGCCAUUCAGUACUGAUGAAUGCUCAAGCCUGGGAGAACAUGAUGAGUGCCUCAAGCCAGAGUCCUAACCCUAACAAUCCCGCUGAAUACUGUUCUACUAUCCCUCCUUUGCAGCAGGCUCAGGCCUCGGGCGCCCUGAGCUCUCCGCCUCCCACUGUCAUGGUACCUGUGGGAGUUUUAAAGCAUCCUGGAGCAGAAGUGGCUCAACCUAGAGAACAAAGGCGUGUUUGGUUUGCUGAUGGGAUAUUGCCCAAUGGAGAAGUUGCUGAUGCAGCAAAACUGACAGUGUCUGGGACAACUUCCACAGGAACCUUAGCAGUGUCGCAUGACCCAUCAAAGCCCGUGACCAACAACACUUUAUCAGCAGAAACUGAUAAUGCUUCUGUAUUCUCGGGAAAUAUAACUCAGGUUGGCAGUCCUGUUGGCAGUGCAAUGAAUCUAAUUCCUGAAGAUGGUCUUCCUCCAAUUCUCAUCUCCACUGGAGUAAAAGGAGACUAUGCUGUAGAAGAGAGACCUUCUCAGAUCUCUGUCAUGCAGCAGCUGGAGGACGGUGGCCCUGACCCUCUCGUAUUUGUUUUAAAUGCUAAUUUGCUGUCCAUGGUAAAAAUAGUAAAUUAUGUGAACAGGAAGUGCUGGUGUUUCACUACAAAAGGCAUGCAUGCAGUGGGGCAGUCCGAGAUAGUCAUUCUCUUGCAGUGUUUGCCUGAUGAGAAAUGUUUGCCUAAGGAUAUCUUUAACCAUUUUGUGCAACUUUACCGGGAUGCCUUAGCAGGUCAUGCGUGUUAG